UUGGCAGAAUUUAAACAGGAAGCUGGCAUCGUUUUACAACCGAAGAAUUUUCUUGUUACAAUGCAGGAUGAAGAAAACCUGACAUAUUGUAAUUUGUCCUAUUCCCGCAAUAAAAAUAAAGGAAAUGGAAGAUAUUUUUCCUUCUCUGUUAUGAAGAAGUUAUAAAAACAGAUAACAUUCGACGUUUUCAAUCAUUCGACCUUUUCAAUCAUUCGACGUUUUCAAUCAUUCGUCUCAAGUUAGUGCAAUAGUGAUCUAGAUAUCCAGAAAAAUGGAUUUCGAAAGAGUAAAUACAGCAUGUUUUUAUUCAGAGAAAUCUACAAUCAAGCUCCGAGACUUACCACUUGGAGAGAAAUUUCGUAUUUUAAAGGCGAGCCUGUUGAAAACUCGUUAUGGGAAGACCAUACUCUUAGAGCUGGAGAAAAAUAAAGUCUUCCUACCGAAACGAGCUACCGAUACUGUGAAGGAGUGCCUGGAUCAAUUGAAUGAGGGGAAGAUCUUUCUAAAAUUCACAGGUGUGAAGGAUAUUGGAACGAAGUAUCCUGUAUCAAAUUUCGAAUUCAGUGAAGAAUAAAAUUGUUAGAAGUCGUCGCCAUGGAGUUUUUAGAAAAUAAGGGUGAGGAUAGAAUGCUGAAGUAUACUAUGUCAGCUAUAGAGAGGACAUUUUCCUUCCAACCUCAAUUAACCGACCAGUUCAAAAUAAAAUUAUUGAAUCAAUACAACGAAUUGACUGAACUUCCGGUCAAAGAAUGGAUGAUCGUUGGGAAAACUGUAUUAUAUUUACAAGGGUUAAUUCAGACAUUAGAUGAAAUUGAAAUAUGGAUAGUGGGACCUCAUCGUCUGGUAAUGAGAGAAUGGUUCCAUGAAAACUCUGAGAGGUGGCAUUCUGAUGAUGAUGAUAGUCAGGAUGAAUAUUCUGAUGAUAGCCAGGAUUAUGAUGAUGACUCUGAGGAAACGUUUAUACCAAUAUCAUACAGUAUUUCCAUAGACGAAAUCUUUAUUACAGUAAAAGUCAUGUGUUAUUCUACAUUGUUUGAUAAUCAGAGAACGGAUGGAUUCAAGUUAUAUUUGAGUAUAUUUGAACGCUUGAGUCGUAAUUGUUCAUGUCAUAUAGAGAGGAAAGCGUUAAUAAUAAAAGAAUCUAUGUUAAUCGAUAUUUACUUCAGCAAAUGUCAUACUUAUAAAAACGAUGAUGACAAAACUUAUAAAGAUUUAAUAGUGUAUAAUCCACCACCCUUGAAAUAUUUAGCAUUAAUUAAAUUUCUGUUAUCAAUAUAUCCACGCUUUCACUACUUGUACUGGAAACUAGAGGUUCCUGACCUUAUGUCUGAAAGCUUUCAUGAUUUUUCUGAUAAUGAUGGUGAUGACGACGUGAAUUAUUUCUGAUUAUAUUUUGAAUAA